CUCCCUCCUUCCCUCUCGUCUGUCCGAAGAAGGUUCUUCAAUCCCGUGCGAUUCGCGAUCUCCUGCUGCUCCUCCAAUGGCUACAAACCGAUGGAUCAGGCCCGAGGUGUAUCCGCUCUUUGCGGCUGUUGGCGUCGCCAUUGGGAUCUGCGGGUUCCAGUUGGUUCGCAAUAUCCGCAUCAAUCCUGAAGUCAGGGUGGCCAAGGAGAAGAGGGCUGCAGGAGUUCUGGAUAACUUUUCUGAGGGUAGAAUGUAUUCUGAGCAUGCUUUAAGGAAGUUCGUUCGAAACAGGUCUCCAGAAAUCAUGCCUAAUCUCAACAGCUUCUUCACAAGCCCCGAUCGAAAUUAAAUUCACAUAAAGAAACCUGAAUUCUUCUAUUCGAUGGAGUAAAGCUCAACCGACUUCAUCGGGACUGAGGUGAUGAGAUUGUAAACUUCUCACACAAUGGAUAUGGCUGCUGGAAAAAAUAAACUCAGUGGACUUCGUGUUUGCUUUUAUGUGAUAUCAUGUAGGGGUGAACUAUUGUUAUGGAACCUGGCUUUUAUAUUCUUGUCGACAUGGAUUGGUGCA